AUCUCUCUUUUCUGUUUCCUUUCUUUUUCAUUUCUUCUGUGGGGGCGAUCAGCCAUUCUAGUAGCUCGUGAACAUAAUUGCUGAUGGGAUCGACUUUCGUGCAUUGCGGUUUGUGUGACACAAUGGCCAAGCCACAGCGCCUCGGGAUGAGAGCUAGAGAUUUCGGCUUUACAAUCGUUUGGUGGAUAGCGAGAGUGUUCAAGGACAUGGGUCGGACAAGCGCGAACGAGAUCCUUCAACAAGCAUUGCUUUUCAAGAACCAUGACAAUAUUCCGCUCGGGCUGUACCUUUGGCUAGACGCUUUUCGAACAAGCAUCCUACCCAGGCAGGCGGGAUCCUUUAGGGGGGUGAGAUUCGGCAGCGCCUGAUCUGUGAAACCCACAACCUUUUAACUAGUUAACCUCGCAAAUGGCUCUCCAGACGUCGUUGACGACGAGACACCGCAGAUCGUCAUGGCCGAACAAGUUCUCAGUAGCAAUCGAUUUGCUCCAAUUACACCAUAUGACCACAGCGGGUUGAUCUACAUCACUGCCAUCCUGACAUUCAUAUACACUUCCAUCACAUUUCUUACACGAUGCUACAUAAAAUUUCAUAUGUUUGGGAUUGACGACUGGGCCAUGACAAUUGCACAGGCAUUCAAUCUAGUACAAUUCGUUCUACUAAUUGUUUCUUUGUCUGCGGGUCUGGGGAAGAGCUUUGAUCUCAUCAGCACCAGCGAUUACUUGCAUACCGCGACGACAUUGUACAGCAACCAAAUCAUCUUCUACCUGUCACUGGGGGCCUCGAAGCUCGCGACUUUACUGCUUGUUCAGCGCCUCUCAGCUCGCGAUGCAAAGAGAUUCUGGGCGACAUGCAACGUCGUUGCAGCAGCCUUAGCCGCGUGGACUUUACUCGCAGUUAUCAUGGUAUCUGCAGGGUGUUCGCCAAAGGAAAUACUACCACACGUAGGAGACCACACAUGCACUGGCAUCAUUCCACGGUACCAAGUAGUUGUUGCGACCGACGCACUAUUCGACGUUGUUCUGGUUGCCCUAGUCGCAUACCUCGUCUGGCAGCUCCACAUGUCCGUCCAGCUCAAGGUCCAGGUCGUUUUCGUCUUCGGUAUUCGCCUACCCGUCAUCCCCCUCGCCAUACUUGCUCUCCUGCGAUUUCAGCAUUCACUGCAAAGUCCAAACCCAGGCGUCGACCGCAGCUCCGCAAUCGUCUAUCAGCAAUCUCAACUAUGCUACUCCCUCAUCGCCGGUACAAUCCCAUGUCUGAAGUCCUUCAUACGCAGCUUUGACACAGGAAGUGGAGGCAUGGUCACGAACUACUCAUCGCAGCCAUACGGUUCGAAUGGAUACGCACAUGGCGAAUCAUACAAAAUGCAGUCGUUCGGUACCGGGCAAGGAAGCGCAACGCGCAGUCGCAACGAGGAUAAGGGAGACGUUAAGAUCAGUACGAAGCCAUUCAAGAAAGAAGGCCAUGUCCGUCUGCGAGCAGACUCGCCUGACCAUGUAACAGCAAUCACACACCCGAUUUCGGGCCAGAAGAGAGAGGCGGAUCGAGCGAGCCAUGGCAGCCAGGAAAUGAUCAUACGUCGUGAUGUGCAAUGGGAGGUGCACUCGGAGAACCUUCGAUAGGGGAAGAAUGGCGUGACACCGUGUCAGGACAUGGAUACAGACUCG